CAUCCUCCUCCCUAAUUACUCCCCCCAUCCCCUCCUCCUCCGCCGCCAAGCACCUCGCCUCCUCCGCCAUGGCGACCGCCACCGCGUCGUCCCUCUCUCUCCUCUUCGCCCACCCACACUCGUCCAACCCCAGGCCCUUCGCCGGCGGGCCUCACCUCCGCCGCCCGCUGCGCGCCGCGCCCCACCGCGCGCGAUGCGCCUCCGACGCCGCCACGACGGCCACGAGGCACCGCCGCCCCGCGGAGGAGAACAUCCGGGAGGAGGCCGCGCGGCUCCGCGGCCCCGGGAACGACUUCUCGGCGUGGUACGUGCCGUUCCCCCCGACGCCCGAGGACGACCCCGACGAGCGCUACUCGCUGGACGAGGUGGUCUACCGCUCCAGCUCCGGGGGGCUCCUCGACGUGUGCCACGACAUGGAGGCGCUCGCGCGCUUCCCGGGCUCCUACUGGCGCGACCUCUUCGACUCCCGCGUGGGGCGCACCGCGUGGCCCUACGGCUCCGGGGUGUGGUCCAAGAAGGAGUUCGUGCUCCCGGAGAUCGACUCCGACCACAUCGUCUCCCUCUUCGAGGGCAACUCCAACCUCUUCUGGGCGGAGCGCCUCGGCCGCGAGCACCUCGGCGGGAUGACCGACCUCUGGGUUAAGCACUGCGGCAUCUCGCACACGGGCUCCUUCAAGGACCUCGGCAUGACGGUGCUCGUCAGCCAGGUGAACCGCCUCCGCCGCGCGCCGCUCUCACGCCCCAUCAACGGCGUCGGCUGCGCGUCCACGGGCGACACCUCCGCCGCGCUUUCCGCGUACUGCGCCGCCGCAGGUAUCCCCGCCAUCGUGUUCCUCCCCGCCGACCGCAUCUCUCUGCAGCAGCUCAUCCAGCCAAUCGCCAACGGCGCCACCGUGCUCUCGCUGGACACGGACUUUGACGGGUGCAUGCGGCUCAUCAGGGAGGUGACCGCCGAGCUACCGAUUUACCUUGCCAACUCGCUGAACUCCCUUCGGCUUGAGGGCCAGAAGACGGCAGCCAUCGAGAUAUUGCAGCAGUUCGAUUGGCAGGUGCCGGAUUGGGUCAUUGUUCCAGGAGGCAAUCUUGGGAAUAUCUAUGCCUUCUACAAGGGGUUUGAGAUGUGCCGUGUUCUUGGGCUUGUUGAUCGUGUGCCGCGUCUUGUAUGCGCACAAGCUGCAAACGCAAAUCCGUUGUAUCGGUUCUACAAGUCAGGGUGGACUGAUUUCCAGCCACGUGUAGCCGAAACUACAUUUGCAUCUGCCAUACAGAUUGGUGAUCCAGUAUCUGUCGACCGUGCAGUGGUCGCCCUGAAGGCAACUGACGGUAUUGUUGAGGAAGCUACGGAGGAAGAACUCAUGGAUGCAAUGUCACUUGCUGACCGCACCGGAAUGUUUGCCUGCCCACACACCGGGGUUGCACUUGCUGCUUUGUUCAAGCUUCGAGACCAGCGCAUAAUCGGGCCUAAUGACCGCACAGUGGUUGUUAGUACAGCGCAUGGGCUUAAGUUCACACAAUCGAAGAUAGACUACCAUGACAGGAACAUCAAGGACAUGCUGUGCCAGUACGCUAAUCCACCAAUCAAUGUGAAGGCUGACUUUGCUUCUGUGAUGGAUGUUCUCCAGAACAAGCUGAAUGGUAAGAUCUGAGCUUUAGUUAACCCCCCAUGGCCGUUAUCUUGCUUAUUGUCACCAUGAACUCCUUUUUCUGCAUCUUAUUCAACUGCAGUUGAUGAACUUGGUGUGUCACAGUAAUCUUUAAUUUGUAGUACUAGGUUUUGAGGCUCUUCUAACUAUACACAUAAGUGGAUAGAGCUGUUCCUUGUACUUUAUAUAUGUAUCAUAUAAUAUGACAAUAAGUGGUUAUGCCCUAGCACUUAAUUGAAUAAUUGUUUCGAAUGGAUACC